AUGGCGUGGGCUCAUCUAUUUUUUCUAGUGGUUGCUGUCUUGGUGGUGAUGGGGAUCCCGGCAACUGCAACAGCUGCAGAGGAUGACGAUAUGAUCAGUAAACUGAAGGGAAAUUGGAGUAUUUUGAGGCUUGCGGGACAACAUCCACAGCGAACAGGAUUUGAAGUCGAGUUGUCUGCUGCUUCUCUCGUCUUGCGUAAGGAAGAUGUGGAGCAGAGUGUGCUGGUUACAGUUGCGGAGUCCGUAUUGCGUCUACUGCAUCUGCUUGGGGAGGAAGAUGACAACAAGUGGCUCUUGGCUCUGCCCGCUGCAUGGCGGUUGGGCUUUCCGCAAGUUGUGAAUGCGCAGGUGACUCGUGAGGGUUUUCACCUCACGGACUGUCCCACGGCAGGAUCGACUUUAUUGCGGCCCCAGUACCACAUGGAGGCUGCGCUCGGUACUCUUUUUGGAACGCCGCAAACCUUCUACCUCCCUUUUGAUGGGACGUGUACGCAAGCCCCUUUCACGCUGCGGGGGUAUUGGAUGGAGUGGCUAAGCAAGGACGAAAUUAUCAUGGUGGCCAUGAUACGCCUUGGUGGCGAGGACCGCAAUGCCGUUUUUCAACUGCGCCGACAGUUGACGGAAGGGACUGCUUCACAGUCGUCCAUCGCCUCUAUAGGAUUACUCGUGGCGGUCGCCCUGAUCAAGUUUCUCCCGUCCUUGUAUUGGAAGCGGAAAGGAGGAGCUCCACUGGGUAGAAACACGUUUCCAACGCUCAGCCGGCCCCUCCUUUCUGAGUUCCGUCGCCGUGAACUUUUGCGGCGGCAGGAAGAGAUCAUUAAACGCAUGAAAGAAGAAGAUGGAGUGUCCUAA